CUACAAUAUAGAAUCAUCUCAGUUAAUAUCUUCCACUGAACAGAAUUUUUCUAAUUGACCCAUUAUGGAUAUGGACAGAGACAAGAUGGCAGAGAGGAUAUUAAAUCUCACCCUAGAGAUACUCUUCCAACUUACUGGAGAGGAUUACACGGUGGUGAAGAAGACCUCUAGUGAGCGCUGUCAGUCCUCUGUAUCUGAAGGAUGGGGAAGAACCCUGAGCCCUAUCAUGGGGCCUUCACCUAACUCCCUGAUACAUGAGGAGAUCAAUGAACAGAAGAUCCUAGAACUCACCCAAAAGAUGGUUGAGCUGCUGACUGGAGAGGUUGCUAUAAGGUGUCAGGAUGUCACUGUCUAUUUCUCCAUGGAGGAGUGGGAGUAUGUAGAAGGACACAAGGAUCUGUACAAAGAUGUCCUGAUGGAGAACCACCAGCCCCUCACAUCACCAGGAAUAUCCAGUAAGAGAAGAACACCAGAGAGAUGUCCCAGUCCUCAUCCUCCACAGGAUCAUCAGCUUUUGAAUGUGGAUAAAGAUCUGAGUAAUAUUAAUUCUACAUAUACAUAUGUGAGCGGUGAUGCCCAGUGUAAGGAAGAAAUUUCUACAGAGACAUAUUUGAGGGGUGAUGACCAGUGUAUGGAAGAAAUUAUUACAGAGACAUAUGUGAGCGGUGAUGCCCAGUGUAAGGAAGAAAUUUCUACAGAGUCAUAUUUGAGGGGUGAUGACCAGUGUAUGGAAGAAAUUCUUACAGAGACAUAUGUGAGCGGUGAUGCCCAGUGUAAGGAAGAAAUUUCUACAGAGACAUAUGUGAGGGGUGAUGCCCAGUGUAAGGAAGAAAUUUCUACAGAGACAUAUGUGAGGGGUGAUGCCCAGUGUAAGGAAGAAAUUUCUACAGAGACAAAUAUGUGGGGUGAUGACCAGUGUAUGGAAGAAAUUCUUACAGAAACAUAUGUGAGCGGUGAUGCCCAGUGUAAGGAAGAAAGUUCUACAGAGACAUAUAUGAGGGGUGAUGACCAGUGUAAGCAAGACAUUUCUACAGAUAACCACCGAGAUGACUGUAUCGGGAGCUUAGAGGGACAUCUGAUCUCUUUAGCUUUUAAAGCAAAUGGACAUGGUCUUGCACAAGACACAUAUGAAGAGCAUGCCACUAUCUUGGAUAUAUCAAAAGCUCUUCACAGCCAAAAUUGCUUGUUUGAUCCAUGUAAACAUCUUCCAUCUUCUGGUUCAUCACAAACUGUAAAGCAGAAUCAAAGUCACAGAAGGGGUAUUAAAGAUCAAAGAAUGCACACAAGGAAGAAGACAAUUUCAUGCUUAGAAUGUGGGAAAUGUUUUACUUGGAAAUCACAACUUGUUGAACAUCAAAGAACUCACACAGGAGAGAAGCCAUUUUCAUGUUCAGAAUGUGGGAAAUGUUUCACACACACAACAACACUUGUUGGACAUCAAAGAAUUCACACGGGAGAGAAGCCAUUUUCAUGCCAAGAAUGUGGGAAACGCUUCAUAAGAAAAUCACAUCUUGUUGAACAUCGGAGAACUCACACAGGUGAGACGCCGUUUUCAUGUGAAGAAUGUGGGAAAUGUUUUACACACAAAAGAACACUUGUUGUACAUCGAAGAAUUCACACAGGGGUGAAGCCAUUUUCAUGUUCAGAAUGUGGAAAAUGCUUUGCACAGAAAGCAACACUUGUUGUACAUCGAAGAACUCACACGGGAGAUAAGCCAUUUUCAUGUCCAGAAUGUGAGAAAUGCUUCAUAAGAAAAUCACAUCUUGUUGAACAUCAGAGAAUUCACACAGGGGUGAAGCCAUUUUCAUGUUCAGAAUGUGGAAAAUGUUUUGCACAGAAAGCAACACUUGUUGUACACCGAAGAACUCACACAGGAGAUAAGCCAUUUUCAUGUCCAGAAUGUGAUAAAUGUUUUACUUGGAAACAACAACUUGAUAGACAUCAACAAACUCACAAUAGAGAAAAGCCAAUUUCAUGUUAAGAAUGUGGGAAAUGUUUCUUAAGAAAAGCAAAUCUUGUUGAACAUCUGAAAAUUCACUAAGUGAAGACACCAUUUUAUGUCCAGAAUGUGGGAAAUAUUUAAGUCUUGAAUCACAAAUUGUCGAACAUCAAUGAACUCACACAGGAGAGAAGCCAUUUUGAUAC